UCUAGAAUCUACGCCAUGCUAGGCCUAGUCUAGCUAUCUAGAAUCUAGAUCUAGAAUCUAGAUCUAGAUCUAGAAUACAUCUAGAUCUAGUCAUCUAGAUUUUAGAUGUAGAUCUACUAGUCUAGAUCUAGAUCUAGAAAAUCUAGAUCUAGAUUAGAUCUUGUACUAGAAGAUCUAGAUUCUAGAUCUAGAUUAGUAUGCUACGGCUUUUUAAUAAUAAUAUGUUUAAUUAAUUAGUAAUUAGAGGAGUUUACACUUUUCGGACACACACCAAAAAUUACGUAGGAGCGAACACUUCGUCGGUUUUUGCUCAUAGAAACUUUAAUUAGCAUGUCUCACGCGAAACCACGGCGCCUGCACAUAAACUGUUCAUUUAUGAACACUUCCGUGUCAAGUACUUCCGUUUCCUUUCUCAAGAAUUAUUUUUAGAAAUUUUUUAACGUUGCAUGGUACGCACAUUUCUAUUUUUACACCAGCCGGAUGAAGUGACCUAGGGUUGGACUUAGGGGCAAAACUUGAACCAAUCAAUGCUUAGCUAAAAGGUUACACUAUAAAUAGCUUCUAUAUAUGUAUGGAACAUCGUAAAUGUCAAGGUUAAUGGGUUUUUUUUGUGCUUGAACAAUAAAAAAGGGGUGUUCGCUAACUUAUUUGGCCUUACAUGGGACCGGACAGCAACACAAAAAUAUUAAAUAAGAAUUUAGAGCAUAAAAGGGGCUGGUUAUUGAAGGGAAAGGGUCAAAAUAAGGUCAAGAAGGCAUUGGAAUGCGAAAGAGGAGGGGGAAUCAUGUGACCUGGCUGGCUUAGCAGCGUACUGCGCGAGCCGCAAUGGCUGAAUGGGAUGAACUUUGGGAGUGUGGGAAAAAGGUUUUAUACUAUUAAAAUUACCUCACAAACAAUCAAUAACACAAUAUAAAUGCAUAUAAUAUAUGUUUUUAUUCAUUAAAUUGACUUUAAAUUAUUCUAAAUGAACAAAAAGUGCUAUGUCCGAUGACGGGUAAAGGUGUCCGAACACAUGUAAAACUGUAUUACAUGUGUUCGAACACACGUUAAGACCCCCCAGUCACUAUAACAAGAAUAGCUUAAGUUCUAUGCGUAUGAAUACAAAAUGACACACACAUUAUUAAAGUAGAAUGGUUGCGGAUAGAUAUGAUACUUUUUUUUGUUUUCUAUGUUAAGCGGUUACUGAAUGAGACCGCAUGGAAUUUUUACGUUGCGUUUUUUCGCUAUGUGUGUCCGAAAAGUGUAAGCUCCUCUACUAAUUAGGCCUAAUUAUUAAAUAAAUAUUAAAUAAUUUUUAAUAUAAAAAUACUAGAGAUCUAGAUCUAGUCUAGAUCUAGAUCUAGCUAUUACUUAGAUAUCUAGAUCUAGAAAUCUAGAUCUAUUGAAAAUCUAUUCAACUAUUUUAAUUUGACAUUUUUAGUUAAGACUUAAUUAAGAUAAACUUAUUAAUUUAUUAAAACUUAAUUCUUAAAACUAGAUUUCCAACUAGAUUCUAGAAUCUAGAUCUUUAGAUUUUAUAGAGAAUAAAAAUAAAGUAUUUAGAUCUAGAUCUAUCUAGAUCUAUUAAAAGUUAAAAGUAGUUAGAAUCUAAUCUAGAUCUAGAAUCUAGUUAGUUAGCUAAGGAACUUAGCACUAGAUUUCUAAAUAAUAAAUAAUAUUACUUAAUACUAGAUCUAGAUCUAUAAUCUAUACUAUAGUUAUAGGCAUAGGGGAGGCCCUAUCGCCUAUCAGUAUUAAAUUAUCUAUUAAGUUGAUCUUGACUAGAUUGACUUAAUUAAAGAUCAUCUGUUAAAAAAUUAUCAGACAAUUAUUUUGUAGGCCAAUAUGUGAAAGUUCUAGAUCUAGAUCUAUAUUAAUUUAAUUUUAAUAGUUAAUACUUCUUAAAUUACUAGAUCUGUACAAAUUAAUACAUUUUAUUUAGUAUAAUUUAGGCUAUGGUACUGAUGAAUACUUCAAGUUAAAUCAGCUGAUCAUACACUAUUCUCAACGACACUGUCGUUGAGACGCAUGGGGUGGUUAAAUUAUUAUUAUGAAUUAGAACCUAGUUAGAGGUAAUUAGUAAAUUACUAAUUAAUUAGUAAAUUACUAAUUUGACUUAGGAUAACUUAUGUUGGUCUAAUAACUAGUAGAUUCAAAUUUAAUAGCAGUAUAUAGAUCUAGGCUUAGAAUAAUAUUGUAAAAUAAUAAGUAUGCUUAAUUUUUAAAGUUGUCAUAUUAAUUUUAGUUUUAGUAGGCCUAUGUAUGUAGACUGUAGAUUUAGAUGUAGUAGCUUAGUAGUAGUCUAGUAGGCCUGUGAUAGCACAGGCAGUUAGUAUUAGUAAUUAGUAUGUAAGUUUUACAAAUUCAACUACUAUAACUAGGCUUAAUAAGGCUACAAUUUUAAACUGUGUAAAGUAACAUUACAUGCUAGCCACCUCAAGAAUUAGUUGAAAAUUGAUAUUCAAACUAGGCUACCAAAACUAUCAUCAAUCCAUACACCUAGUAGAAUAAAUAUUAGGAUAAUUAUAUUGAUUUGAUUAGUAAGUAAAUCCAUCUAUUCUAUGACAAUUGACACCUUUUGGCUUAAUUAACUAUUCUGCAUAAGUUCAAAAGAUCACUACAGGAGACUAAAAAUAGACUCAGCCAUAUAUUAAUUAAGUAGAACUAAAAUAAGACAGCUCUUCACCACAAUGUCUUCUUCUGGACCGCCUUUGCCAGAUCCACUAGAUCUACCUCCUCUUGACAGACAAAAUUUAAAUUACCCCAUUGAGACACAAGGGACUUCAAGACAAGAUGAAGCUCUUAAGUUUUGGGCAGUGUUACAAGAAUGUGAUAUUGAAAGCUUUUACAAAAGAGCUCUACCUGCAUCAGUUGGUGCCAUGGCUGCUACCUUCUUGAUGGUGAAAAGUGGAAGAUGGUCUGCACAUCCAAAAUAUGGAUCUCUAUUUAAAGUCAUUAAUGCUGGUUUUGUUGGCCAUUUUAUUGGUAAAGUGUCGUACCUGCCUGAAUGUCAGCAGAAAAUUCUUACUAAAUUGCCAAACUCCGACUUGGCAGCUCGUAUCAGGAAGUCAAAGGGUUUGCCAGACCCAGAACAACAGUAAAGAUUAUGAUAAUUAUUAAUAAUGAUCAUUUGAAUGAUUAAUUAAAAUAUUUCCAAAUAAGGAUUCUAAUUAUAAUAGUUGAAUACUGGAUAAAAAUUUUUUUUUUUUAUUUAACCCUUUCCCCGGCGACUGGGUGUAAUCGACCCGAAGUCGCUAUAUUUUUGCUCAUAUCUCGAGUCUCGUUUUAUAAAUUUUUCUGGGCCUCAUUCCCAUCUAUAAGGUGGUUGGGAUGAACACAUUGGAGGUUGUUAAUUUUAAAAAUAUGCGUAAAAAAUUUUUUUAUGAGGGUUUGAAAUUUUUUUAUACGGUCCCUGGCAACUGGGUGCUACACACCCGUACACAAUUUUGAAUGGAAAAAAUAUUUAUAACUUAUAAACUGGCUUCUAACAAUUUGUUUUUACUCAUUGUGGGUUAAGUCAUUGUGUUACAUUUUCAAAGUUUAACUAUAAAUUAACAAUCUGAAGGUAUUUGAGUAACAAAAAUAUCAAACAUGAUUGAAGUAAUCAACUUUAGUAACAAAAUAAUAGAACAUUAACAUGUUUUAAUAAUUUGCACCUCAGAGAGCACAGUUGUUAGUCAAAAUUAAAAUAACUGGACAUUUCCUUUUGCUGGCAGGGAACUUUAGUUUUUUUUUAUAAUAUAUGGGCACCCUUUUAGUGGUGUUACAUGAGUCACAGGUCCAAAAUAUUUUAAUUCCAUACUUAUCGGAGUUGCUUGGUAUGUAUUGGAUAAACCUACACCCACCUAUAAAAUCAACCACUUGCUAAUUAGUAAUGAUCUCUCCAGAAACAUAACACCUUUCUAAAUUUGAAUGGAAUAUCUACCAUAAUGGGAGCAAAUAUACAAUGAGCCUGAUGGACUGUUAGUUAUUGUUGUGAAAGUGAAUAUGACCCAGAAGGUUGCUGAAUCUCUUCAUAGAAAAUUCUGCCUUCAAAAACUUCCAUAAGCAGAACUGAAUUGACAUACAACUAAAUUGUUAUUCUGCAGAGUGCCAGUGUCUCCUCUUGCUUUCUCUCCAUCCCUGCUAAUACUGUCAAAUAUUGGUUGUAUUAUUUUUAGUAUUCGUGUACAGAAGAAAUAUUUUGAGUCAGGCUGUUUAUAUUUUUCCUGGGAUAGCACUUUAGGCAGUGGUCUAGUGUACUGUUACUUUGUCUUUCCUGAAAAUAUUUCUUUUUCUUCACUUUGCACCAGCCGUUUCAUUUCAUUAUGAGUGCCAACUGGUGACACAUUAUUGAUAGUUGAAAUGCAGUAUAUUGGGUAGACCUCGUCAUCAGAGCUGCUUGAUACUGAUGGCUGCCAUUGUUCAUCUUCUAACUCUGAUACUGAUGGCUGCCAUUCUUCAUCUUCUACCUCUGAUACUGAUGGCUGCCAUUCUUCUUCAUCUACCUCUGAUACUAAUAGUUCAGACUCAAAACUUGUUGGUCAUUUUCACCUGCUAUACUAAAACUGGCAAAUAUAUUCCUUUAUCAUUAGCACUUGAGUUUAGACAAAAGCGUUCAAGACUUGUUUCUGUUGUGUUCUCAAUAGCGUUUGUGACUAUUUAUAAACCUUACUCUCAGGGUCACAACCUGUAGAACACCCACCCCACUCCCAGUUUGAUCAAUUAAUUGCCCAGUAUUAACUUUCAGCAGCAUUACAAAGUUGUUUUGCCUUUUUGUCCUCAUUUGUACUCCUAAUGAGGUUAAUGUCAAGUUACUCUAAAAGGCUCAAUGUCUCUACCUACAUUCCAGAGCUCCCUAAAAGAGUACAAAUCACUAUAUAUGUCCUCCCACAGGCAAUCUUACCCCUGCAUUUCAUUAACCUAUUGUAACUCUAAACUACAGUUCUGUCUGUAACUGCAAGUCAGAGCUCCAGCAAAGAGUAUAAAUCACUACAUGUGUCCACCCACAGGUUAACUCUUGCUUGAGAAUCCCAUCAACCUGUAGUUUCAUAUUACAGCUCUCCCAUUGACAACAACAUGUCUUGUGUUCCCCAUGGCAUCUGUGCCCUGAAUACCUCAACUGUGUCAGUAUUGUUACCCACCCCACAAUGAACAAAGAAAAGAAUUUACUAUAAGAAAGUCUCUGGGUGUGAUCCACCCAGUUGCCGGGGACAGGGUACCAAAUAUGUUGCCGGGGAAAGGGUUAAAUAAUCUUACAGGGGAGACACAUGGGAGGAGGGUGCAGGUAGAAGUAACAACAGGCAUUCUAAGCUAGAAGAGUAUAAACCUGUGGCUGGUCUAGAUGACAGAUUUCGUCCCAGUGUCGAUAGAGAUGUAAAGGAGCCAGAUGUAUCUCCACAAGAGAAGAACACUAAUACUUAUGAUGAGCUGCAGCGAAGGAACCGCCAAGAGCAUGAAGAUUCAAAGAAGCAGCAGGUACCACCACCUGGUUCACAGAAAACAUGGCCUGACUCUGGUGAUAGAGCUCAGCCAGAUAAUAGAGAAACAGACAUCAGGAUGGAACCACCACCUUACCAAGCACCCCCAAAAAGAAAGCGAACUAACAAAUGGGGAGAUCCAAUUGAAGAAUAAUGUACACUUAAUGCUUAGGUGUUCAAAUUAUGGUAGUGUGCUGUAUAAAGCUGAGUUUGUCAUUAUAGCUGUUGGUACAUGAAGCAUUAGAUCUUGUUUUGUAAUUGACUGAUGUGUACACAAGAAGCAGAGAGCCCAGCUGAUGUUAUAAAAAUUGACAAUUGUUAACAGAUUCUAAGUUUAUGAUUGUGAUAAUAAGUUGCUUUGAGAACAAUAAUAGAUGAUUACAUUGGCAUGAAAGCUAUCGAUGAGAGCAAUUUAAAAGUACAGUACAUCAUUGUAUAAAAUAUAGGGCUU